GAGUUGACAGAAAACCAGGGAAACCAGGGAAACAAACCCAGAAAAUUGUUACUUAUGGCGUUAGAUUAGUUUAAAAAAAAUACAGAAUAGGAUUACCGCGUAUAAAAAUUACCGUUAAAAAAUGUUUGUAAAAAAAUUUCGAAUUGUUGGCCGUGAUUAGAAAAAAAUUUAUUUACUGAAAUUUAUUUUGUAUAUAUUUGUGUUCACAAAAUCCAAUCUCUGAGACAAAAUCAAAAAUGUACUCGAAGGAAGAAAUCGAGAAGAAAAGACUUUCGGCUUUGGCUUUGAAGCAAAAGAAAAAUACAAAUUCAGAAAAUACGCCAGCAAAAGUGCCAGUGCCUAAUUUACAGAAUAAAACAAAUUUUCAAGGAACAUCAUCGACAAAUUCAUUUCCGAACAAGUCUGGUGUAUUUCGACAAAAACCAACACAAAAACGCUUUGAUCCCUUGAAUACAAAUAAAUUUUAUGGGAAUAAUAAAACUGAUGUUGUGACGGGAAAUUGUGUUAUGAUUCAAAAUAAUCGAUUUGGAGUAGAGCUUACAAAAUAUUCAUCAGCACUUGUUGAAGUUUUUAAAACUAUUCCCAGCAAAGCGUAUGAUUCACAAAAGCGAUUAUGGCAUUUUCAUUUAAAAGAUUAUAAUCUUCUAUUUGAAAAAUUUAUAAGACGAUCGGAUUGCAGAAUAACUGGCCUACCAAAAUUUACCAAAGAAAUUUUUGAUAAAGCAAAUCAACCGACGGAAACGAAUGUCGAUUUUUCUUCUAUUGAUGAGACUCUGAUGGAAUCAUUGAUGCCUUUUCAAAAGGAAGGAAUUAGUUUUGGAAUAACGAAAAAAGGUCGCUUAAUGAUAGCAGAUGAUAUGGGACUGGGAAAAACUAUUCAAGCUUUAGGAAUUGCUGAUUAUUAUAAAGAUGAAUGGCCAUUACUUAUUGUGACACCAUCUUCAGUCAGAUACCAAUGGUCAGAAGCAAUUUUCAAAUUUCUCCCUUCAGUUCCUGUACAGAAAGUGAACCAUUUUACUACAAAAGAUAGAGGCUUUGAAUUUGAUAAAGUUACCAUUGUUUCGUACGAUUUAUUAUCUCGUUCUAUUGAUAUUUUUCAAAAUCAAUUUUUUGGUGUUGUAAUAUUUGACGAAUCACAUUUUCUAAAAAGUAGUAAAACAGCGAGAUAUCAGGCAGCAGAGAAAAUUGUGGAACUCGCUAAUCACGUAAUUCUUCUCAGUGGAACUCCGGCUUUAUCGCGGCCAAUGGAACUUUAUUCGCAGAUAUCAUUGAUUUUUCCAAAAUUCAUGGGAGCCACUGAAUUUGGAAUUCGUUAUUGUGAUGGGGUUAAAAGUACAUUUGGUUGGAAUUUUACUGGUUCGUCAAAUUUACAAGAGUUGGAUUUGCUUUUAAAGGCCUUUUGUUUAUUAAGAAGAAUCAAGAGUGACGUUCUUCAACAACUUCCACCAAAAAUUAGACAAGUCGUUGUGUUGGAUCCGCAAUUGAUAAAAGCCGGCACUAAAGAAAUGGAAGAAAUGGCAAUGAAAUUGCAAAAGAAAACUCUAACAAAUUCUGAGAGGCACAGUGCUCUUUUAAAAUAUUACAGCGAAUCCAGCGUCACAAAGAAAAAAGCCAUUUGUAAUUAUGUCACCGAUUUACUUGAGACGGGAGAAAAAUUUCUUGUCUAUGCUCAUCAUCAAGGAGUUUUGGACGCAAUUUGCCAUGUCAUCGAGACAAAGAAAAUUCAGUACAUUCGAAUUGAUGGAAGAACGAAUGCAGAGCAGAGAAAGUGUUUCGUCGAUAGAUUUCAGGAUGAGAAAGAAGUUUUAGUGGCCGUUUUGUCGAUAACUGCUGCAAACGCUGGAAUUACGUUGACAGCCGCUCAGCUCGUUGUGUUCGCUGAAUUAUUCUGGAAUCCAGGAACUUUGUGUCAAGCUGAAGACAGAGUCCAUCGAAUAGGACAAGAUCGAGGCGUUGUUAUUCAAUAUUUAAUUGGAAAAAAUACAGUCGACGAUUAUUUAUGGCCGAAAAUUCAAAGGAAACAUGAAGUUCUGAAUCAAGUUGGAUUAGAUCAGGAAUUUACGGUCAAGGACGAUAAUGUUUCCGUUCAGGUUGCCAUUGACAGCGAUCAAAAGCAAAUUGAUGAAUUUGUCAAUGGAGAAUCGUCUUCAAAUUCAAAUAGGAUUUUAAUAACGAAACCUUGCACUAUUCCAUCAACGUUCUCUUCAUCAUCAUCAUCAUCGGCUUUUAUAAAAAAAAAUCAAAUGCGCCUCGAUUCUUUUUUUUCUCAUGGCGAUAAUUGUCCCCAAAAUGACUUGAAGGGCAAUGAAAACAAAGUUAGUGAAAAUUCUAAUGAUUUGGUCAAAUUAUUAGAUGAUGAGGAUCUGUUUUGUGAUAUAGAUUUAAACGAAUUUUGUAAUUAAUUUGUUUUUGUUUUAUAAAUACAAAUGAUUGCGUAUUUUGUUUAUUAGAGUUAAAUUCAAAAGUUAAAAGUGAAAGAAUGAGCGAAUGUUUAAAAUUCUUGAGAGUUGAAUUAUAGAUUUUUACCAUUAAAAGAUAAUAUUUAGUUUCAUAAA